UUGUGUCAUCCAUCCAUUUUCUGUAGCUGCUUGUCCUAUUCAGGGUCACAGGAGUCCAGAGCCGAUCAGCACAAGGCAGGAAAUAACCCAGGAUGGUAUGGAACCCAUCACAGGGCACACUCACAUACCACAGGGAGGACAUACAAACUCCACACACAUAAAGCUAGGGUGGAGACUUGAACCCUGGUCCCAGAGGUCUGAAGCAACAGUCUGAGCCACUGGGCCACCCAAUCAGUGCACCUGGCACCAGCCCUCACCUGCUCUGACUCUUAUUCGUCCAUAUGCACAAAUCAGAGGCAAGAGUUUCCACGUAUCAGGUACCUUUAUAUUUACAUGUGAAAGAAUUAAUUAACUUCUGCAUGUCUUUUUGUAGGAACUAACCAUUUUAGCGCAGACCUGAACUACCAGUGUACUUCGUAAUCGCUACAGCCCAGUACACAGAAAAUGGUGACGCAGCGCUACAAAACUGUGACGCAAAAGCGAAAGCGACGAUCUAGAGAAGUCGCAGUCGGGGCGCCGCUACCAUGCUCACCUUCGGCUUGACCAUAAUCCGGCAUGGAGAAACCCAAUACAAUAAGGACAAGCUUCUCCAAGCGCAGUCUCCUCCGUGGACUCGCAGGGCAGGGCGUAGAUGCACCCCUGUCCGACGCGGGCAGGCAGCAGGCUGUGGCUGCGGGGCGCUACCUCAGGCAGCUGAAGUUCACCAAUGUGUUUGUCAGCGAUCUGCAGCGGGCCAGGCAGACCGCCGACAUCAUCCUCAGACACAACUUGCAUAGCUCCGAUGUUGAAAUCGUCUCUGACCCUUUGCUCAAGGAGCGGAGUUUUGGGAUUGCAGAGGGACGUCCAGUGGAGGACCUGAAGAACAUGGCCAGGGCAGCUGGUCUAUCCUGCCCAGAAUUUACCCCGCCUGAGGGAGAGACUCCAGAGCAGGUCAAGCUACGCAUCAAAGCUUUCAUGGAGACCUUGGUCUGCCGCAUGGCCGCAGAGCACUGCAGCAACGGGCAGCUGGGUCCCGAGCUGCAAGGGCCCCCCACCGGCCUUCCUGAUGACGGCAUCCGGGCUCUGGCCCCCCACGCCUUGGUGGUCAGCCAUGGCGCCUACAUGCGCGUGGCAGUGCGCUACCUGGUGGAGGACCUGCACUGCGGCGUGCCAUGCAACGCCAAGCUCUCCCACAUGUUCUCUGCCUGCCCCAAUACGGGCAUGUGCCGCUUCGUUGUCACGCUGCCCGCCAGCAAGCCACACCUGCCGUCCGCCGCCAUCCGCUGCAUCUUUGUCAACAGGAAGGACCAUCUGAAGGCCGCCAAGGAGGAAGUGUAGCAGCAGCGAGUGAAGACUGGAUUUACCCAGAAUCCUCUGGGAGAAAGUGGUGCAUACCUCACUCUAGUGAAGAUCUUAUUUAUUUGAACUCCUGUAUUGUUCUUAUACAGGCAUGUAAUUAUCAAUAACAAAUGAAAACCCCAUUUAAAGGGGUGUGCAGUUGCCGUCCGUUAAAUUUUAAGGAAUUUCCAUCCCCACUACAAAGCAAUAUAAACGUGAUUAUUAAUACGUCAUAAUUGUGUUUGCACGUUUAUAAGGUAUUUCAACUGUCUACGGAUGUUCAAAUAGCGCUUCCUGACGUAAGCUCUAGAUCACCAAAAACUGGAUGGAUGCAUGGAUGGAUGGAUGAGUGAAUGGAUAGAAAAGCAUUUUAAAUGCAACCUGCAGCAUUAGCUGUGUCGAUGCACUGAAAGUUUUCGUUUUUAAUGCAGUGCUAAUGAGAAUCAGCCAGUUAGGCAAUUUUGCCAAAGGUGGCAUCUCUGUGUUUGUUUUAUUUUCGACAAGAAAAAAGUAUUAACUUAUUUAUGUGGAGGACAAUACUUGCACAUUUUACUGUAAUAAAUGUUCAUUUGUGUUCUUAAA